AUCUUCUGAUAAGAAGCAGCUGUUUGCGUUGCACGUAACAAGUUGUUAUUUGUAUAUAAUUAUUAUAUUUAUAACAAUGCUAAUUCCACGAUACUUGGCACGUCGCUUAUACCAAUGCACAACCACUGCAAGGAUAACGCGACAGAUGUCGAAGUUGUCGCAGGACAAAGUGCGCAUUGUUGAGGUUGGUCCACGUGAUGGUCUGCAAAAUGAGCCAAAACUGCUGCCAGCUGCUAUUAAAAUCGAGUUAAUCGAUCGCCUGUCAACAACCGGAUUGCAAACGAUUGAGGCAACAAGUUUUGUCAGCGCCAAGUGGGUGCCACAAAUGGGCGACAAUGCGGAAGUUCUGCGUGGCAUUCGCCGAGUGCCCGGCAUCAGUUAUCCAGUGCUAACGCCCAAUCUGAAGGGAUUCGAGGCCGCUUUGGCCGCAGGUGCUGAAGAGGUGGCUGUCUUUGGUGCCGCCUCCGAUGCAUUUUCAAUGAAAAAUGUCAAUUGCAGCGCAUCGGCGGCCAUCGAACGCUUCAAGCCCGUCCUGGAAGCGGCCAAGCAGCAUGGAGUUCGUGUGCGCGGCUAUGUGUCCACUGUGGUGGGUUGUCCCUAUGAGGGUGCCGUUGCUCCCAAGGCUGUGGUCCAGGUGGUGAAGGCACUGCAUGAUAUGGGCUGCUAUGAGAUCUCGCUGGGCGAUACCAUUGGCGUCGGUACACCGGGCAGCAUGCGCAAAAUGUUGGAUGAGGUGACGCGCGCUGUGCCCGCCCAGCAGCUGGCCGUGCACUGCCACGAUACGUACGGUCAGGCGCUGUCCAACAUACUCACCUCACUGGAGUAUGGCAUACGUGUGGUAGAUGCCUCAGUGUCUGGCUUGGGCGGCUGUCCCUAUGCACGUGGCGCCUCUGGCAAUGCUGCUACCGAGGAUGUUGUUUACAUGUUGCAUGGCAUUGGCAUAAAAACCGGCGUCGAUUUGGACAAGCUCAUCGGAGUGGGUCGCUACAUCUGCACCGAACUGGGCAGGCCCUCCGAGUCCAAGGUGAAUCGCGCCUGGAAGGGAACAGCCCCCAAACAGACCUAAAUCCACAGAUAUGCUCAAAAAGGAAACGAUGGCAUUUAUUAGUUACUAAAUUGUUCUUUGUUUAUUGGUAGUACUGACUUCUGUUCUAAACAUGAAAACAAAUGCCGAUAUUUGUAUGUUAAAAAUAA